AUGUCCUACCUCGUGCUCAGUAUGAUGCCUGCAAAGCUCCUCCCGCUGAUGGAGCUGUUUGGGUACAAGGGCGAUAGGAAGUUUGGAUCAGAGUUGUUGGAGAGGGCUGGGGGCGUUUUCGAAUUGUUAGAUGGAGCCCAUAAUGUCUACGCAGAAGGCGUCCGACGUGCGAUCUGUGAUAUGUCACUACUUAUAUUCCACCUUGUUCUCUCUGCGUUUACAUUUGAAGGAGUGGAUGUGCGUAAGGCUGCGAGGGUGUUGGAGUGGAAUUUGAAGAGGUAUCCGAAUGGCGUCUUCUUCCUGUUCGGUGCAGGCCGUCUCGCCCUCGUCCGUUCCCAACCCUCAAAAGCCCUCGCCUACUACGCACGCGCUGCACAAGCUCAGAUACAGUACAGGAAUUUGCACCAUAUUUCGUGGUUGGAGAGUGCCGUUGCUUGUUUGGGGCUUUGGAGGAUACUGAUGGGUUGUUUUAUGCAGAGUCGCGGAAAGCAGGUCGUGGUGGGGGAAGCUUGGAUGAGUGGCUACGCAAUAUACACAUACGGCGAGGCAGCAUGCCUAGCCACGCUCGGCGAGCACGCACAAGCGAAGAAGCUGAUGGAGCGUGUCCAAGGGCUGAGGCAGAAAAUCGCAGGGAAGAGUAUUCCUGUCGAGAAAUUCGUCGCCCGCAAAGCCCGUAGAUACCUGUCCCAAUCCGACAAACUUCUUCUCCCAGCCCUAGAGCUCGCCUACGUAUUCCACGCGAUCGCCCAUGCGCCUAGGGAGGUUAUUGCGAGGGAGAUCAUUCCUGCUGUUGGUGGUGCUUUGGGAGAGUUGGGGUUGGUGCUUUCGUCGCAAGGGAGUGAAAGUGGUGGUGGUGGGGUGGGUAGUGGGAAGGCGAGUGGGGUUAAGAAAGGAAAUGAUAAGAAGCUGGAGUCGCGCAGUGGGUAUUGGGAUGAUGUCUGUCUUGCACGGUUUUUGGAGGGCGGGUGUUGGCGGUUUGUGGCAUAUCCGGACCCGGACGCUGAGCUCGAGCCUGACGGAAAAAUCUCGUUCUCACCGGAGGACGCGCGCGCGUACUCGGAAGGUGCAUUCCGUGCUGUCUUCAAGCACGGACCUAACAUCAAUUUGGACCACUAUAUCGUGUAUUUUGCGUAUUUUGAGUACGGAAGAUUGCUAGCGAGAUCAGGCGACCAGGACGGUGCAAGGACUCAGUUUAACCUUGUGAUUUCUGGAAAGCCGCUUGAGGUGAACGCUGCUGGGCGAAAGAGUAAAUACAGUUUAGAGACAUGCCAUCGGACGCCUUUCCUCCUACUGGCACUCCGGAAGAAUCAUGCGAACUUCUACUACACAGCUCCAUACGGUGCGGACUCGCCCAAAUAG